CUCAUUUUGCUCUGCUUGCAGUCUGACUGGACCUUCAACCCUAAUCAUGAGUAGGAACUAUUUGUCCAAAAAUGAUGAGCUCCGCAAUGGAGACUUUCUGAUUUCCAACAACAGGGAGUAUAAGGCUAUCUUCCAGGAUGAUGGUGAUUUUGUCAUCUAUGGCUGGAAGCCUGUUUGGACUUCAGACACUCACGGAUCAGACGCUAUCCGUCUGUGCAUGCAGGCUGACUGCAACCUGGUCAUGUACAACAAGGCUGACAAACCCGCAUGGCACACAAACUCCGCCAAACCUGAAGCUAACAUGUGCCGCCUUCACCUGACCGAUGAUGGAAAACUGGUGGUGACCAGAGAAAGUGAGGAGAUUUGGAACUCUGCUCAAUCCAAAGGCCUGAAGUGAAUCAUUGUAUGUGUAAGUCAUGUUUAAAAACUCAGUUUGAGUUAACAGUAAACCUUCCUUCUGUGUAAUCUGGGAUCUAAUAAAAACAUUUUUCA